UUAAUAAAAGUGUAAAAAAAUGUUUUUAAAAAUUUGUAUUUUUAUUGGUCUGUUUAUAAAUGUUUGGUGUAGUAAUAAUAAUAAUUUAGAUUUACGAAGCGAUUCAAUUGUUUAUGGAUUAUCAACGAUUAAUAGUACGGUUAUUAACGAGAAUACAUUGUGUACAAAACAGUUAGAUGAAUUUGUUCAUGCUGCGAAUAAUCGAACAGUAUGGGCUUUGAAAAUAAUCGAUGCCAGUGGUACUCCUGGUUCUGGAUUCUUAUGGGGCAAUAACUUUUGGGAAGGAAACCAUGUUUUAUGUUCAUACAUCACAGAUCGUAUCCCGGUUACAGUCAGUCCAAAAUUACCUGUACGACAUAAUAUUACAGAUGAUGAUUAUGCUCCGUAUCCGUUACACUUUUUUGGUGCAUAUAUUUUACAAAAUUCAGCAAUACAACAACGUUACAAUACUAGCGAUUUCGAGGGUAGAAUAACACUUGGCCUUUGUUUACCAGCAUCAUGUGAACGUGAUGAAGUGAAACAACGUUUACAAAUUUAUUUGGAUGCAAAUCUUUUAUAUUUUCAACGGUUGCAUGAUAUCGAAAUGAAAGUUGAUAAAAUUAAGGAUUUGGAUAAAGGUUUUCGUAGUGGUACUUGGCUUUAUUCGAUGUCUUUUAAAUUAACGCUGAUUACAUUCGCAUUCCUAAUUAUAAUGGCAAUAAUUGGAACCACAUAUGAUGUCAAAUUAAAUAAGGCUAAAGAUUUAGCAAAACAAAAUUUGGAAGACGCAAUUGCUAAUGAAAGUAAAAUAAAUGAAAAAAUACCAAGCGCAGUCGGGCAAACAUUUCCACCUGUUCUUCAAGGUAGCAAAGCAUCACUUAGUAUGGGCAGUAAAAUUUUGUUAGCAUUUUCGCUGAAUUCAAAUAUUAAAUCGUUAUUUAAAACAAAAUCAGAUCCAACUGGUGCAUCAUUACCGUUCAUUCAUGGAUUUCGUUUUGGAAGCAUGUGUUGGGUAAUCACUGUGCAUGCAAUAUUGUAUCAACGUGAUUUUAUGGCGAAUACCGUUGUUGUAUAUAAAUUAUCUGAGCUAUUUUAUAAUGGACCAUAUUCAAAUGGUGAAUUGUGUGUUGAUAGUUUUUUCUUUUUGAGUGGUUUUUUGGUUGGAUAUAUAUUUUUUAAAUCGAAUAUGAAAAAGUUUGGUGAUGUUUCGUACACUUUUUCACAAAAGUUAUUACAUUAUAUGGUAUCGAUUUUAUCGAGAUAUUUAAGAUUUACUCCAACUAUAUUAAUAUUAAUUAUAUGGGCCAUUGUAAAUUUUCAAUAUUAUCAAGAUUCAUUUUUGGUAGAAAUCGAUGAACGUGUUCCAGAUAAUUGUUCAAAAUAUUGGUGGCGUAAUAUAUUGUAUAUAAAUAAUUUUUUUGCAUAUAAAGAUAUGUGUUUAUCAUGGUCUUGGUUCCUUUCAGCUGAUAUGCAAUUUUUAGUUCUAACAACGGCAAUAUUAUUUUUUUCAUUAACGCAUUUUACGGCGGCAUUUAUUAUCAUGAUCGUUUUAGCAAUUAGCAGUUGUUUAACUGCUAUGUAUAUUUCAUAUUCAAUAAAAUUUAUACCAACAUUAGAUGAAAAUUUAGUUACAAUCGAUUAUCUAUAUGAACCACCAUGGACGCGAUAUGGUCCAUAUGUUAUUGGUACAUUAACUGGAUACUAUGUUGUCAGAUUAAAUGGAGUACUUGAUUGGAAAAAGUCAACAAUAAAAUUAUGCUGGGUUCUUGGACCAUUACUGAAUCUAUCAAUAUUGUAUUGCCUUCAGCCCGAUCGAAAUUUGUCAGUGCCGGUAGCAGCAUUAUAUACUGGAUUACAUCGACCAUUAUGGGGAAUUGGUUUAGCAUGGUUAUUUAUUGCCUGCUCAACAAAUAAUGCUGGAAUAAUUAAUAGAGUAUUAUCCUAUAGAGGGUUCGUUCCUAUGAGUCGACUAACGACAUGUGCAUAUUUAUUGAAUCCUUUUUUACUAUUGUCGUAUAGUUUAGGAAUGGAAGAAGGAUUUUUCGUUGGACAAUUUAAUAUUGGUCGUACUGGAUUUAUGUUAAUAUUUGUAACAUAUUUAACAAGUUUCUUAAUAUCGAUAUUUAUCGAAAUGCCAUCGUACAGAAUAUCAAAACUAAUUUUAUUUGAACAAUCACAUAAACCGAAUAGUAGUAGUAAUAAAGAUUUAACUAAGUGAUAUAAUUUGUAAAUUUUCAAUGUGUUCAAUAUUUUUGGGAAUUUUUUUGAGGCACAGAUUCGAGAAGCCGGGAAAGUGUCCUUUUCUAGAACCAGGUGUUGCAAUUUUGGAAGACAUUUUUUCGGAAAGUAUCCUUUAGAAAAAAGAAAGGUAAUGUUCGUGAAAAUUGCCCAAAAAUGUUUACUUAGAAAUAUUAGAAAUUUGAUAGUAUGAGCUAAGGAUUCUUCAUGAUAUAAGGGUUCUGGUAAUAAAUAACCUAAACCAACAGUAGAGUUAUGGGUGGGCCAUCACACCGUUUCGAGAUAAAAACGUCUAGAAAUGUCUAGAAACGUUACAGAAUUUAUUGUAAAAUGACGCCUGUGAUAAAUUCGUUUAAUCGCCCUUCAAUCACUCUCCGAUAUAGUGAAAUAAUUUUUUUUAUUUUACACGUUUGAUGUUUGGAAUCGAACCAUAGACCAUAUACUUACUAUAUCGUAAGUUCUAGUCACCAACCUACAGAUCAGGAACACUCUGAUAUUCAGAAACAGACCAUCAUAAAAGGACCGUUAUAAAAUAAAUUGCCUCAAAUAUCUUCCCCAAAAUGUUAAACACCUUUU